AUGCGUCCAGUCGCUCUCCUCCUCUUGGCUGCCAGUGUCGUCAAUGGCUAUGCCGGUAUGGGUCGCAUCUUAGCCGACAUCAAGAGACACGAGGUUAUGCAAACGAGAUCCACCUCUUUGCUCGGGGAUCUUCUCAGCCUAGUCGAUGAUGCGUUGACAGCGGUGGGCGAAGAGAUCAAGGCCAUUCUUGAAGGCACGGUCUCGGCUAUCGCUGACUCCACAACUUACAAGGCGCCUGGCGACAAAGAUUCCGAUGCCUGCAAGAAGGACACCUGCUGCAUAUGGAGCUAUAUUGUUUCAGACAUGAAAUCUACCUUCACCGAUGGUAGUGGAUGCUCAGCAUUGGCUCGAGGGGCAAUCAGACUGGGCUUUCACGAUGCGGGUGCCUGGAAUUCGAGUCUAGACUCCGGCGGAGCAGAUGGCUCAAUUCUUCUCUCUGGCGAGCUCCCUCGGAAGGAGAACAACGGUCUCUCGCCGAUAGCAGAUCAGACAAACGCUUGGUUUAGCGAAUACAAGGGAUACGGAAUUAGUAUGGCAGAUUUGAUCCAGUUCGGGGCUUUGACGGCAACUGUUGUCUGUCCUGGCGGGCCACGUAUCAAGUCUCUUGUUGGGCGGAAGGACAGCUCAGCACUCCCACCAGAAGGCCUGCUGCCAUCCCCCUUCCAGGACGCACCGGCUCUCAUCGACCUAUUCGAGGCCAAGACUUUCACUGCUAGCGAUCUCGUCGCCCUGGUCGGCGCACACACUGUCAGUCAACAAUUCUUUGUCGACACAUCCAAGCCUGGUGCGCCCCAGGAUAGUACGGAUGGCGCUUGGGACGUCAAAUUCUAUUCCGAGACUGCAUCUUCAGAUACACCCGACGGUGUUGUCAAGUUCCCUAGCGACGUCUCGUUGUCACAUGACACAAGCACAUCCGGAACAUGGCAAGUCUUUGCAAGCAGUCAAGGAGCUUGGGCAGCUGCGUACGCUCCAGCUUACUUCCGCAUGAGUCUGCUUGGAGUGAAAAACCUCAACGACAUGACCGAUUGCACCAAAGUUCUCCCGCUUCCUCGGUAG